GUUUCAGUCGUCCGAUCCAUCUUCUGGUGCAUCAUGACCGUUCAAAUUAGUUAACACAUCGUCCCACAAUUUGGAGUCGCCACUACUCGGAACCGGAAAACUGAAGCGCCGCCGCCGCCACCGCCACCGCCACCACCACCGCCACAGCCGGUCCGCCGCUCUUGCCCUAUCCCGCUGGUCGGCGGCGGCACCUGUGGUGUGACGGAGGAUGGCGUCGAAAUGGGCGGCGAGGGUACCGUCUCCACGGUGGGCGGCGCGGCGCGGCUGGGUGGGCUCAUGGGUUUCGGUCCGCCCAGCGAAAUGCGGCGCAUCGGGAGGACGUGCCGUUGUGUGCGCCGCCGUUAGCUUCAGACCAUGCAUCGACAUUCACAAGGGGAAAGUUAAACAGAUUGUUGGCUCUACUCUUCGGGAUUCAUCCAAUGAUGGCAUGGAACUUGUGACAAACUUUGAAUCAGACAAAUCUCCUGCAGAGUUUGCAAAAUUUUAUAAGGAAGAUGAACUUCUUGGAGGACAUGUUAUAAUGCUUGGCGCAGAUCCUGCAAGCCAGGCUGCUGCACUGGAGGCACUACGUGCAUAUCCUGGUGGUUUGCAACUUGGAGGUGGAAUAAAUUUGGAGAAUGCAAUGUCUUACCUUAAUGAAGGGGCCAGUCAUGUGAUAGUGACCUCUUAUGUGUUUAGUGAUGGCAAGAUGAACACUGAAAGGCUAAGAAAACUUGUCAAGCUGGUUGGGAAACAGAAGCUUGUGCUGGACCUUAGCUGUCGAAAAAAGGAUGGCAGAUAUACCAUUGUAACUGACAGGUGGCAAAAGUUCAGUGAUGUGUUUGUGGAUGAACCAACAUUAGAAUAUCUCGCUGCCUUUGCAGAUGAGUUUUUGGUUCAUGGUGUUGAUGUGGAGGGCAAAAGGUUAGGAAUUGAUGAGGAACUUGUGGAACUAUUGGGGCAUCAUUCACCAAUCCCAGUAACUUAUGCUGGGGGUGUGUCAACAAUUGAUGACCUGGAGAGGAUAAAGAAAGCAGGCAAAAGUCGAGUAGAUGUAACUGUUGGGAGUGCUCUAGAUAUAUUUGGGGGAGAUUUGCCUUACAAAGAUGUUGUCCUUUGGCACAAGAAGCAAAGUAUGUUUAGUCAAGUGUGAAGAAACAUCAGGUAUUGAUCAGUAUUACUAGUUCAUAUGGUUCAAGGUUCAACACAAAGUAGACUUUCUGAACAUUAUAGUGCAAAUAAUUCAGUUGGUCUUCAGUGAUGUAAUUCAAAGCUUAAGGAGCGUCACUUGUUCAGGUUUGGGCAUCAGGGUUGUGCUAACUGAAAGGUGAAUGCAACAUGUUGGCAGACUUGAAUGUGUAUAAUGGAACAUUUCUCAAGCUUAUUAUGUUUUUGGUGGUUUGGAUCUGUUAUCAUAGCAAAGCAUGUUGGCAGACUAUGAUACCAAUAUGUAAGCAUGUCUGGUGUAUGCAAAAUUGAACCAUGGAUGGGUAAGCCCAAUUGAUGUACCAACUGCGACAAUUUUUUUAGCCUCCCAUGAGAUUCAUAAAAUCUGAGUUGAUUUGUUGUUUUC